UGAAAUAUAAAAUUUAUUAUAAAAUUUUUUAAUUGAAUUGAAUCUCAAAUAAGUAGUCAAUUGAUUGAUAAUGUUUGCCGGCGUUGUUGUGUCCAAGACUAUGCUGACCAAUCAAUUUUAUCGACGAUUGGUGUGGCCAACAAUAGCACCGAUUACACGGGCCACCAGACAACAAGCAUUGAAUGGCCACAAUCACAACGGCGGCAGCAAUGGUGUGUUGUUGUGGUGGUCGCGGCGAUUGAUGUCGUCAAACAACGGCGGCGGCGGCGGCGGCGGUUCACUGGACAACAACUUUCUAACGGCUCAGCAAUCGUUGAAAGGUUUGACCGCAGAACCCGAUAACGAUAUAAAGUUGCGACUAUACGGUCUCUACAAGCAGGCCACCAGUGGCCAAUGUACGGCGCCUAAGCCGUCGGCAUUCAAUAUGGUCGAUCGGGCCAAAUGGACGGCUUGGUCACAGUUGGGCCAACUGUCCAAAUCGGAAGCUAUGCAACAGUACGUUGCAACUGUCAACUCGCUUACCGGCGCCGAUGGCGGCGGCAGCGGCGGACAAACUAGAGGUCAACAAACUCCUAAUGACAAAGAAGACGGCCAACAUCUGUUGGUUGAGAAGCGCAACGGUGUGACCAAAAUAACGCUCAACAGACCCGACAAAUUCAAUGCAAUCACAAAACCCAUGUACGAGUCAAUAGCGUCGGCUCUGAACGAUGCGGCCAACGACGAGACCAUUAAGUUGGCCGUCAUUAUCGGUAGCGGAAAAUUCUUUUCCAGUGGCAAUGAUUUAAGUAACUUUGAACAGGCGUUCAAACAAUUCAAAGGCGAUAUGCGGGCCGGAACUGAACAGUCGGCCAAAGUGUUGCAACAUUUUGUGGCCGCGUUUAUCGAUUUCCCAAAACCUCUGAUUGGAGCCGUCAACGGACCGGCCAUCGGUAUAGCGGUCACAACAUUGGGUCUGAUGGACUGUGCAGUGGCCAGCGAUUCGGCCUAUUUUCAGACACCGUUCUCAUCGCUGGGACAGUCGCCCGAAGCGUGCGCUACGUUUACCUUUCCACACAUUAUGGGCUUUUCGAAGGCAUCGGAAAUGUUGUACUUUAAUCACAAGAUGUCGGCCGCCGAAGCUCUUCAAUGCGGACUAAUAUCGCGAAUCGUACCGUCGGCUCAGUUCGACGAUUACAUUGAAAACUGGAUAUUCGGCGAUAAAGGAUUGGUCAACACGUGUUAUCCAAAAUCGAUGCAAUGUUCAAAACAAUUGGUCAAAAAUGAUAGUUUUCGGCUGAAAUUACACGAAAUCAACAAAGAAGAGUGCGAUACCAUCAAAGAGAGAUGGAUUUCAGAUGAAUGUCUGGAUGCCAUACAAAAGUUUCUCCAGAAAAAGAAAUAAUAAUAAUAAUAAUUAAUUAAUUAAUAAUAAGUAAUUAAUUA